AUGAGCUGGGGAUUCCUCCGUGAUCUGCUCAGCGGAGUGAACAAAUAUUCGACAGCUAUUGGAAGAAUUUGGGUAGCAGUUGUGUUCCUAUUCCGCUUGCUGGUCUACAUUGUGGCUGCAGAAAACAUCUGGAAAUAUGAACACGAUGAAUUUGAAUGCAAUGCCAAGCAGCCUGGUUGUGAAAAUGUCUGCUUUGACCACUUUUUCCCCAUCUCCCACAUCAGACUUUGGGCUUUGCAAUUGAUCGUGGUCUCUACCCCUUCGCUCUUGGUUGUUUUUCAUGUUGCUUACCGAGAGAACAGAGAGAAACACCACAACCAGAAACUUUAUAAAAGCCCAGGAAAGAUAGAUGGAAGAUUGCUCUGCACUUACCUUAUCAGCCUUACUUUAAAAACAGGGUUUGAGGUGGUGUUUCUUGUUCUGUUUUAUAAGCUGUACAAUGGAUUCGAAGUGCCACCCCUCGUGAAAUGUGACGUAAGACCAUGUCCCAACACCGUAGACUGCUACAUUUCCAAGCCCACAGAGAAGAUGAUUUUCCUCCGUUUUCUGGUGGCAACUUCAUGCCUGUGCAUUGUAUUGAAUCUGAGUGAAUUGAGUUACCUCCUUUUCAAACACUCCAUGAAGUGCUAUCUGAAAAGGCACACCCAGAAACACGAAGGCUCAAAAAGCAAUAGCCACAACGGGCCAGCAGCUGCAGGACAGCCCCACAACAGCUCCCUGUCCUUGCCUCUGCAUAUAGAAGAAGGCAGAUGUGAAAGAAGUUCUCCAUUGACUUGAAAGAAGAUGAGAAACCAUCUUCACAGAAUCACCAAGCUCUUGCACAAGCUGCAGUUGAUGCCUUGCUUUUCCAAUCAGUGCCUUACAGAGCUGGAAGGACAGUUACAUAGGAAAGCCUUUUUCUCUAUUAAUCCUCCCUUACCUGAGUGGAUCAAUUCAGUCACAUUAUGUAAGUCACACAGAGAAUCAUCCAGAU